UUCCCCUAUAAGCACAUGCCCCAGGUCUCUCCCCUUGGCUUCCCCAUCUUCCUUCCUUCCUGUAAGCUUUUGCAUCACCACCUGCAUUGCUCCGCAAGCUCUUCAUCUCUGUUUCCCUGACUAGACAGUAGAGCACCAAGAUCCCCAAACCAGUCUCCAAAAUUGCGUCAUCCCUAGACCUGCGGAAGUUUUUCACUACCCAUCUCCAAGAAACCUCUGCUGCUGCUCCACCGGCUCUGUUCCAACUGAAAACCAUGGUGGUAUUAUCUAAUCCAGCACUCGACCAGCUUUCUCUGAUAAAAACCCAGAAAGGAACAACUUUUUCUGGUAUUCCCGUCAUUGACCUCUCCCUUCCUGACUGCAAGACCGAGUUAGUGAAGGCAUGUGAAGAGUUUGGCUUCUUCAAAGUUGUCAAUCAUGGAGUCCCGAUGGAGUUCAUGUCAAAAUUGGAGGCUGAGACUGUCAAGUUCUUCUCGCUUCCUCUGUCUGAGAAGGAAAAGGCUGGUCCUGCUAGCCCAUUUGGUUAUGGUAACAGAAGGAUAGGGCCUAAUGGGGACGUGGGCUGGAUCGAGUACCUUCUCUUGCAGGCUGAUCCUAACUUUGUCUAUCAGGAGCCCAUGCCGGCCUCCAGGCACAACCCAAGUUCUUUCUGCAAAGCGGUGAACGAAUACACAUCCGCAGUGAGGAUUUUGGCUUGUCAAAUACUUGACCUGAUAGCGGAAGCCCUGAAGAUUCAACCAAGGAAUGCACUCAGCCAAUACUUGCUGGAUACACAGAGUGACUCUGUUUUCAGGCUGAAUCACUAUCCACCAUGCCCAGAAUUGGAUGCUCCUCAGCACAAUCUCAUUGGAUUUGGGGAGCACACCGAUCCGCAGAUACUAACUGUCCUGAGAUCAAACAACACAGCAGGCCUAGAGAUAUGCAUGAAAGAUGGAACUUGGCUCUCUGUCCCUCCUGACCAGAGCUCCUUCUUCAUCAACGUGGGUGAUGCCAUGCAGGUCCUCACAAAUGGUAAAUUUAGAAGUGUCAGGCACAGAGUUUUGGCUAAUGGAAAGAAAUCCAGGUUGUCAAUGAUAUACUUCGGCGCGCCAUCUCUGACUGCAAAAGUUUCGCCCAUACCAUUGUUCCUUAGAGAAGAGAAAUCUAGGUAUAAGGAGUUUACCUGGUAUGAAUACAAGAAAGCUGCUUAUUCUUCAAGGUUGGCAGAUAACAGGCUUGACAUCUUCACCACAGAGGAGAAAGAAGCAUGUGACGGGGUGUAACUUUUCCUUGUAUAUUAUAUGUUUCCUUUUCCUUAGGCUUCUUUUACUCCCCCCCCCCUCCUUUUCUCCCCUUUAGGUUGAAGAUAGGGUCUGUUUACAUGUGCAGUAAAUUAUAUAGGUACUCAAAAAUGCACACGGAAAUGGCUGUCAAUGUUUCCCAUGCAAAUGGACUUACAGUCUCAAUAAUAGGUUUUUAAUGUUUUUCUUGUA